GUGUUGUUUCAUUAAUAACAAAAAGACGUAAAGAUAAAUGUUGUGUUUUUAAACCAGAUUAUUGUGGUUUUGAAGUACCUGAUCAUUUUAUUGUUGGUUAUGCACUUGAUUAUAAUGAAUAUUUUCGUGAUUUGGAACAUAUAUGUAUUUUAAAAGAAUCUGGUAUUACAAAAUAUAAAGUUACUCUUGAUAAUCAAGUUAAAUAG